AUGAGUUAUUCAUCACAACCAAAAUAUCGACGUAUAUGUUAUUUUACCAAUUGGGGUGCACAUCGUUCGAUGAAAGAAGCUCGAUUGUACCCGGAAGAUAUUCCAGCCAAUUUAUGUACACAUAUUUUGUAUGCAUUUGCGACACUUAGUGGACAAAACUUACAAGCACAAAUAGCAAAUGAUUUACAAGUUUAUCAAGGAGAACAACCUCUCUAUCCAAGAAUAAUGAAGUUGAAAGAACAAAAUCCAGAUUUAAAAGUUUUAAUAUCAUGUGGAGGAUGGGGGAAAGCUGGCGAAUUUGAUUCGUUAGUAGGCUCAAAUGAGGCAAGCAAAAAUGUGAUUAAAUUUUGUCGACAACAUGGAUUUGAUGGUGUUGACCUUGAUUGGGAAUUUCCUGGUGCUGAUCAAAAAGAACGUUUUGGCUUACUGGCCAAAACGAUGUAUAAAAUAUUUAAAAAAGAAGCAAAAAAAUCGAAUAAAGAACGUUUAUUAAUCAGUAUAGCAACGGCUGCUGGUGAAUUUUUAAUUAAAAAAGGGUAUGAUGUACCAGUAUUAUGCAAGUAUUUGGAUAUGAUUAAUGUGAUGACUUAUGACCUUUAUGGUUCCUGGCAUAAUAAAAUUGGACACCAUAGUGCACUCUACCAUCGAGAAGGAGAAACGGGAAUGGAAAGAGAACUAAAUACGAAUACCUCGAUGUAUAAUUGGGUAACACGCGGUUGUCCUCGUGAAAAACUUCAUAUUGGUAUUCCCGGUUAUGGUCGAGCAUUUUCAGCUAGUGGUAAUAAUCCAUUAAAAGCAUUUGGACAAUCUGGUGGAGGUAGUGGAGGAGUAUCGUCACCAUAUCUUGGAGAAAGUGGUCUGUUGGCUUAUUUUGAGAUUUGUCGAAAAGAAGCUAAGGAAGGCUUUAAACGUUAUUGGCAUAAACAACAUCAGAUACCAGUUAGUUUUAAAGAUGGAACAUGGAUCGGAUAUGAUGAUCCAGAUUCAGUUAGAAAUAAAUGUAAAUAUGUAAAACGUGAACAAUUUGGUGGUGCAAUGAUUUGGACAUUAGAUAUGGAUGAUUUUCAUGGAAAUUUUUGUAAGAAACAUGGAACAAAAUUUCCUCUAAUAAGUGCAAUGAAAGAAGAAUUUGAACUAGAAGACGAUAACAAUGUCAAUGUCAUCCUAUCAACAACAACCACAAAUAAAACACGGACUAUGAAAGAUGAUGAAGAUGAAUUAGCUAGUGAACUAGACCAAAUGAAUGAAUUUAAUACAUUAUUAGAUUUAAUGUUGCAUGGAGCAGUGCAAUCAGCAUCACAAAUAAAACAAAUUAAAACAAUUAAAUUUUAUUUACUUCUAUUAUUUGUCAUAAUUAUAAAAUAA